AUGUCAUCAGGAGGAAAAGGAAAAGCAGGAAAAGGAGGAAAGGCAGCAGGAGCCCACAAAUCAGUUUCCAGAUCUCACAAAGCUGGUUUAUAAUUCCCAGUCGGAAGAGUGUCAAGAUAUUUGAAAUAAGGAAGAUACACAGAGAGAGUUGGUGCUGGUGCUCCAGUCUACUUGUCAGCAGUCCUUGAAUAUUUGGCUGCUGAAGUUUUGGAACUCGCUGGAAAUGCUGCUAAAGAUAACAAGAAGAACAGAAUCAACCCAAGACACAUUCUCUUAGCCAUCAGAAACGAUGAUGAAUUGAACAAAUUGAUGGCCAAUACUACCAUUGCUGAUGGAGGUGUCUUGCCCAACAUUCACCCACAUUUGUAUUCAGCUAAGGAAGACCCAAGCCAAGCUGUUUGA